UUCAAUGCGAAAGACGGCGACAGCUUGCUUCGAUGCAUUAUCAUUCUUGAAACUCGAGCUGGACAAGUCAGACCGGAAAACGAGACGAGAUCGGGCUACAGAAACAAGUUCUAAUCCUGGCAAACCAUGUCAUCAUCGCGAGUUAUGCAAGGAACGACAUCACAUGUAUAUCGCGCGCUUGCGCUCGCCAUUCUUCUUUUCAACGGCGAUACUGAAGCACAGAGUACCAUUACAAGCACCUCGACAACGACCGCGGCUGCGACCACUGUGACCAUUACCCUCCUUCACGCCACAUCAAGUCUUGCCCAGAGCAGUGACAAUACCUUCUCCACCAACACAUAUGCGCUGGCCGCAGUAUUAGACUCAACAACAAGCUCAAUCUCCAGUAUUGUUACAGCAACAUCCACCAUCGCUCACACCACAACAACAAUCAGCAUGUCAUCCAAUUCGCUUUCAUCAGAGGUCUUGAAUAGUACCAACUACUACCGCUCUCACUACCAAGCCAAUCCCGUGCGAUGGAACGAUACACUUGCCGACUAUGCCAAAGACUAUGCAGAAGGCUGCAUAUGGAAACACUCCGGAGGACCGUACGGAGAGAAUCUCGCCGCCAACUUCGAAAACUCCACCCUCGCGAUCGAUGCAUGGGCACACGAAGAAAAGAAAUAUGAUUACUCGAAAAGGAAAUUCAGCACAUCGACCGGGCAUUUCACACAACUUGUCUGGAAAAAUACCACAGAUGUCGGCUGUGCAGUCAUUGAUUGCAACAACAAUGCCAAUGGAGGUGUGCAUGGCGCAUAUCUCGUUUGCGAGUACAGUCCAGCUGGGAAUGUCCAAGGACAGUUCAAAUGGAACGUAGGCAAGCCUGGAAUCAGUAAAGAUGGGACACUGGGUUUUGGGAGCGCAGCGGCGAGGAAUAGCGGGACUUGUCAUGGUAGUUUGGUGCUGGCACUGAUCACCACAUGGCUUUUGUUGGCAAUCAGUGUAUGAGGGAAAGUUGUGUCGGUGGGCUGUGUGCGUUUUAUUUCUUACGCGAGACAGAGAGAGAGAGAGAUACCCAUAUGCCAGCGAAUUUUACUGUGAUGCCCAUUCUAAGUCCGGGCAGGACUACGUGCGAAAGUGGACCUACUAUAUCCUCUCCAACCAGAGUGAAGUGAGUAAGGUAUGUAAUGUACCUACAUGUAUGUACGAGUGAUGCCUCAGGUACUAAAUAAUGGCAUUAU